AUGUUUGCUGAACAUGGAAUACCUGAGAUUGCAAUGUGUGAUAACGAACCACAAUUUAGCUCAGAGUUGUUCAGUCAGUUUGCAGCAAUAUAUGGAUUUGUCCACAUAACCAGUUCACCCAGAUAUCCACGAUCCAAUGGUGAAGCUGAAAGAGCAGUAAAAACUGUCAAAGAUCUGCUCAAGAAAAAUGAAGAUCCAUACCUCGCUCUUUUCUCCUACAGAACCACACCACUACAAAAUAAUCUUGCGCCAAGUCAGCUACUGAUGGGAAGACUAAUGAUGGGAAGACAAGCACGACUUCGCAAUGAAGAUCUUGAGAAAGUGAAAGAGAGUGAAGAUAUUUAUCGAUCUAAUCAACAAAUUAAUUUCAACCAGCGACAUCGAGCGCGUGAACUUCCCAUACUUCACUCGGACCGAGAUCAAGACCGACAUGGUCAUAUAGUAUAG